AUGUUUAGAUUGUCAUUUGCCGCAUUCACAUCGGUAGCGGCAGGUAGCCGGAGUGUGGGAUGCUCCACUACAUUUAGCACAACAACAUCAGCGGCAGCAUCAUCAUCAUCAUCAGCAGCAGCAGCAACGGGAAAAGAGGCAUAUGAAGCUUUGAUGAAAUUUCUCACCUCCAGUGGAGCUACUUUUGAAGGCGUGGCGGUACGACCGAGUGCUGAACAGUGCCGUGGCCUCAUCGCAACACAAACCUUCCGUGAAGGCACAACAAUUCUUUCAGUGCCCAUGACAACUCUCUCCAUUACAGCAGAUCGAUUGCUCAAUACGGAUUUUAUACGAUCGCUCAACCCUCCCACACGCGAUGAUGUGCGGCGACUUCUCAUGGCGCGUGGUGUUAAUGAUCCCGUGUUAUGCGAUCAGGUGCAUUUGGCACUUCUUGUCGCAGGUGAGAGAAUUAAUGUACACUCGCCAUUUGCUCCAUACUUUGAUGUUUUACCAUAUCCAGCCAUAGAUGAUACGGCAGUAAUACAACGUUACAAAGAUGUGUUGGACCCAACGCAAUUGUUGGAGUGGGAUGAUCACCAACGUGACUGGGUGACGGUACUCCGAGCCUUAACGGAUCAAUGGGGAAAUGCAGGUCCACCAGUUGAAGUGUGUUAUUGGGCUUGGAGAACUGUUCUUAGUCGAAUGCAUAUGUUACCGGACAGGGGACUCGCACCAGCAGAUGUGGGAUCAAGUUUACAUUACUCCGCACUCGCCACAUAUGGCCGAGCUGAGCGACAAACUCGCAUUAUGAAACGACUUCGCGCCACCAUCGGUGCGGUGUUUGGUAGUGAUGGCGUGGCGGAGGAUUAUCGUCUUGUUCCCACAUUACUUCCGUUACUUGAUAUGGUGGAUCAUUUACCUUCCAGUAAUGUAAGCGUUGAGGUGCAACCACGGGGUGAUAGAGGGAGUUGUGGUGAAUUGCAGGCAUUGCGAGAAAUACAAGCGGGGGAACAUAUUGGUUUUAGUUUUAACCGCUCGCAGGGAAUUCCUUUCACGCUUUAUCGCUUUGGGUUUCUGCCUCUAUAG